UCAACUAAGGAUAGCGACCGUCCUGGGCUGAACUCAACAUUACAAAUAGGAGCUGCGCUUUUCCAAGUGGAGCAGAGAGGAUAUGCGCCACACAGAUGAUAAUAUUGAGUAACAGAGAGGAGUGGAUCUGCAGAGUGAACCCGGAGAGGGAGACAGAGACCAGACGAGCUUCUUCCUGGACUAGCAAACACUUCUGGAGAGAAACCGGUGUAGAAGUCCGCAUCAUUCUUUAGAGGUGGCACUGUUGCUGCAUCCUGAGAGACAAGCAGAUCUCCCCAGUCUGAACAUAAAGGAAAGUCCCUUCUCUCUGGACAGUAAAGAUGUUUGAAGAGGACUCCCAGAUGAGGGGGCAGCAGGACAUGACCGUGCUCCAGACUCUGGACUCACCUGCAGCAGGUGGUGGAGGAGGAGGAGGGUCAGGAUCUCUGUCCUUCACAGAUGAAGCUGUGUCUAUCCUGACCUCCAGCAGCCUACUGGCCCGCUCCUUGCUCGGUCGCAGCUCAGCCGCAAAACGAAAAGAGAGUCCGUCUUCCAGCAUUCGUCGCAAGCGCGAGUUCAUCCCUCAUGACAAAAAGGAUGAUGGCUACUGGGACAAGAGAAGGAAGAACAAUGAGGCAGCUAAGCGCUCUCGCGAGAAGCGGCGUAUGAAUGAUAUGGUCCUGGAGAACCGUGUUCUGGCGCUGCUGGAGGAAAAUGCUCGACUAAGAGCUGAACUGCUUGCUCUGAAGUUCCGCUUUGGCCUGGUCAAAGACCCCUCCAACUCUCCUAUUUUGCCUCUAACUACAGCUCCUCAGCACAACCCACAAACUGUGACUCCACACUAUUACCUCCAGAGAGGAGAGGGAGGCCUCCCCAAUGCCUCAUCCUCUCAUCUAAACAACCAGACCAGCCAGCUGAGCAGCAGGAGCUCCAGGGAUACUGGGAACAUGUCAGAGGAUUCUGGGUUCUCUACACCAGGUGGGUCCAGUGUGGGCAGCCCUGUAUUCUUUGAGGACCGGCUGAGUGAUCAUGGAAAACUAUCCCCACACAGAUCAGAGGAAGUAGGCUAUGACCUUCACCACUCCCCUGCCGAUCUCCACCACACAGCAGGGCUCACAGGAGAGAGGCUUGACCAAGCUGAAGCCAUGAAAAACCUCCCUCACAAGCUACGCUUCAAGACCCCUGGCAGUGGGGAUGCAGGCGAUGCUGCAGGGGACAACAUGAGUGCCAGGCGUAGUCCAACACUGUCCACAGUGGGUCGGGAAGGUCAGAGAGAGGUCACUAGAGGACUCAGUGGAGGUGAAAUGGGAGCAGGGCACUGCACUGGCUCCUGGCUCCAGCAGCUGGAGGGUGAUGAUGCCAGGAGGGGGAGACUUUCUCCUCAUUACAAUGCCUCAGCUUCUAUCUACAGCCUCCAGACUUCUUCCACACAAGGGCCCACUGAAGGCCAGUUUAAGCAUGAGAACACUCACCUGAAGUCCCAGCUCAACUCUCUGAGUGAGGAGGUGGCUCAGCUGAAGAAGCUUUUUACAGAGCAGCUCAUGGCUAAAGUCAACUGAGGAGCAGAGCUGUGAGUCCAUUUGAUGACAUUAGGACUUUUAAGGACAAACACAGUGAGCACAAAAAAGGACUUAGAAGGACUGACAAAACUCAACUUUCAAGUUCAACAAACUUUUAAUAACAUGCUGUCUUUUGUUCAACCACUGUAUUAUAUUGUAUCAAACAUUCAUCUCAUAACUUGCUGUUUCAAAAAUACUAAGUCUCAUCUCCAAUCAGUGUUUCUCAGACAGGUCUUCUCUGUAAUAGUGUGAAGUUUUUAUUGGUGUCUCUAUUUCAUACACUGUGAUAACACAAAACAAAGAACUGUUUACAUUGCAUUGUUCAAAUACAAACCUAACAUUAUCUCCUCACUUGACUUACAUAAAACAGGUUCAGGUUGUUCUGAAGCCAGUGGAGAAGUAGGGCGAGGUUAUUUUUUGGCUAUUAAAGUGAUGACAUACUGCACAGGUUCUGCAUCACUGAGACGUGACUAGUACAAUGUGUAAACACAAACGGACUCAAACAGUUAAUAACAGUACACACACAGACAAUACAAACUAUCAAUCCUAUAUAACACUGGAUCUGAGAGGUAAAAGAUCCUUUUCACACAAAACACAUUUUCUGCUUGUUUAUUAUCACUUGUUAUGUGUCUUGUUAAGGCUCACUGUUACAUGUACUGUUUCAUGUGUUUCACUUCUCACCUCAGUCAUGGAUCAUGCCCGGUUUGACAUUUUUUAACUGCUAUGUUACCUGUGAUGAGGCAAUUGUUUGAAGCCUGCUGUCUUUCUGUGUAUUUUAAUAUUGAAAAUAAAUAAAUUUGACAGUUUUAACAUUA